AUGGAUAUAGGUACCUCCGUCGAGGUGAUAUCGCUGCACAAUAACAUUGAGCGCGUCAAAGUGGUCGUCAAACGUUACGAAUCUGGCCUGGUGUGGACGGACGCACGCAGCGGCGGCGUCAACUGGAUGACGCUACAACCGGACGUCGUGGUCAAUCGGUUCCCGAGGGACGGGAAUGUGGCAUUGAAGUUGUGUGGCCACGCUCUGGCUGGACAAUCCGAGUUCGACAACCACUACCCGAGGGCGUACGCGGCGUGCACUGAAGGGAUUCAUGCAGAGAGCUUCGUCGCGGACUACUCGCUAACCGCUUGCGUGUCGUUACUGCGGGCAUUCGUGGACGGUGGUCAUCACACUAUGUGCGCCAAAAACGGUCAGGUUCCUCUUUCGGCACUUAACUUCGCCGCGAUUAAAUGUCACCAAUACCUAACGGACGGCAGUUCGCUAAGGGCUGCUUCGUUUCCGGGGAAGGGCGAUGCUUGGGAAAAGUUUUUCGAACAUUACUACAAAAUCGUACACGACCGGCGGAAGUUCACAGUGCCGGUAGCGGCCGACGAUGAAGAAGAGGCGCUGCGCUACCUGACGACGUUUAGUGGCCAGUUGGUUGACCAGCUGACAACGGCGAGGCCUCAGACGGCGAUGGAUGGUUACGAGAACGUGUGGAUUGUUAAGUCUACUGUGGCCCUGCAGUGCGGCCGGCCGGUGAUGCUGAAGAAGAUCAGCGAUGUCCUUGACUGUUGCGCCCGCGUAGUUGGUGCCCACCACAUCGUUCAGAAGUAUAUCGAGACGCCACUGCUGUGCGAUAACGUCAAGUCAGACGUCCACACUUGGAUCGUGCUCUCGACUCUCGACGGUCGGCUGACGGUGUGGCUGCACCGGACGUGCGCUGUGCAACCGUACACUCACGGGUUCGCACUGCACCAGGGCGCCAACAAGGACGGCCAUUUCCAACGGGUCAAGUCAGGUGGACUGCACGGAAUGCUGCGACCGACGGCACUGACUUGCGGCCUCGAUCAGCUCGUCGAGACCAUACGGCAUGGCAAGAAAACGGGUAAACAGCAGAAGAAACGGCGGCAUCAGCAGCAGCAACAGCUGGCGGCGAACGACGACGGUGAAGAAGACGACGACGACGAUUUUUACUCGGCGGUCAAGCGGUCCGUGGGGUCGGCAAUGGCCACGGCCGCGACGGCGGGCUCGCUUGACCUGAGACCCAAUUGCUUGGAACUAUUUCGCGGCACGUUCGUCCUGGGCGACGAUACGCGGCCGUGGCUGAUCGACAUCGUGUCGGACGAUCCAUGCCUGGACACUGACUGUAGCAGGAAACGUGACCGGAUGACGCCGGUGGCCAUCGUAGCGCGGAGCGUGGCGCGCGGCGUGGCCAAGAUGUUGGUGGACAGUGGUCGCGGUCAGGCCACCCGGAUAGGCAUGUUUGACAUGGUGCACGAGUGUUCGAUGCCGGCCUGCGCUGUUGCGUACGUGCCACGACCAUUCGCCGAGUCCGCGGCCACGUCCGCCGCGUACAAGUUGCUGGCCAGGAGGACCGAUCGACCGCUCGGCCACGUGCCCAAAAACGCUUCCCGCAGUCACGCCCGUCAGCAUCACCACUGGUGGGACGACAAUUCCAUCAGCACGUACGUGCAGACGGUCAGUGCCGACGACGUGCAGGAUAAACCGCUGAGGCCCUCUCCGGCGGCCGGUGUGAAGGUGGCAGCGGCCGUGUCAGCAGACGAUGCGGAGCUGUGCUCAGCAGACGAUGUGGAGUUUGAGUCGUCUGAAAAUCACAACCAUUGCGGCCCACCCAAACCUUGUCGGUGCUCGAAGCUGUUCAAAAAGUGCAAGACAAAAAUCACGUCCGCGAGAAAAAUUUGUAAGUCCAUCAUACGCCGAGACCGCAAAAACAACGGUCGGACCGCGUGA